UCAUUCAUUCAGUGCCUUCCAACAACUUGAACUAUAAUGAUCAGAGUCAAUACGUGCCUGUUGGUGUUCGUAUUGUUUGUUUUAUAUAUCCAUCGAAAUUAUGCCUCAACCAAAGUUCUUUAUGAAUUUCACAUUAAGGAGGUAUACGGGGAGCGAGAUGAAAAGGGUGAACUCAAGGAUAACUCCGAGGAUUCUGGCGAGAAACCCGAACUGAUCAUCACAGGCAAACGCUCAUCAUCAUACACUUUGCUCGGCAAGGAGACCAACUAUGUGUAUGUGGAAACGGCAACCUAUGUGGCUGAUAAGAGUGGCUAUCAUGUCAAGUACAACUUUUCCUUGGAUCCCCUGGAGAUUGACAAACGUCUCAACGGACAAACACUUAAAUCCACUAUUGGUUAGACGGCACAUAAAGUAUUAACUUAGUGACUAAGAAAGUAGUUGUAGCAAAUACUGAAUUAUUUAUUAGAACUCAAUGCAGACAGAAAGUGACAAGUUCUCCUAGCGCCAUUGCAAAUAAUAAAAGGAAAAAGUUUGUGGCAAACAGUUAAUGGAUUCCAGUUGGCUGACAGUGCAAAAAUUUACGCUUUUUUGUCUUGGCUUUGUCCCAAAAGUUCCACUUAGCCCUUAUAAUUUACGAGUGCAGAAAAAGUAAAGAAUUUACAGUUGCGGUCAAUAAAAACAUUUUAGCUUUUCUAUAAGAUUACACGCUUCAAAGACCAAUGACCAAUUUUUACAGUCGUUGUGAAUCGACUGACCCUGUUAUGUUGAAUUAAAUUUUAAUUAACUAAAAGAAUAUUAAAAUGUACUUUUUUAU